AUGUCUGAGGUGAACUGGGAAGAAGUUCGGGUGGGGGUGAAUGUAUUUCGUAGAUACGAUCCUGGUGGACCUGGCGGGGGUGGGGUGAGUUCGACACUGCUGAUGUCUGAGGUGAACUGGGAAGAAGUUUGGGUGGGGGUGAAUGUAUUUCGUAGAUGCGAUACUGGUGGACCUUGGGGGGGGUGGGGUCAGGGAGUGAGUGCCUUGUCGUAUUUUGAUGAAAAUCAUGAGGACUAA